AUGGCCGACACCCAUCCCAAUGCCGAGAAGGCGACGCACGAGACCACUCCUGGUAUGCGCCGCAACUCUGACCCAGCCCUCGAGCCCGAACAUCAGCACACCCACGGUCACCUUCACCACGCGCCUGGCGUCGCACCCGCAAACGACGUCAUAUACACAAGGGAAACCGAUCUCCCAUUGCACAAGCACACGGACGGUGCCGGCAAUGGUACGCCUCCAGAAUACAGCGAUACGGAAAAGCCAGCGCCCGGUAUCUUGGCGCAACCGCAUGAUGUCGAAGGACAAUCCGAGUACAGGUCCUCAUUCCGUACCUUUUACGACGGCCCUGGUCGCAUCAUCGUCCAUGUCUUCUUCCUGCUUCUCUUCACUGGUUGGUGGAUUGCAUCGCUGAUUCUGCACCGUAACGACAAGAAUUGGAUCAUUCCUUUUCUUGUCUGGCUCUGCGUCACUCUGCGCAUUGUCUUCUGGCACGUUCCCAGUCGCUACGUCAGCAACGCCAUUCGUGGUGGCUGGAAGCACAGCGCUGUCGUGGUUUACAACAGGAUCCCCGCGAAGCUGCGCACGCCUGCUGGUGCCUUUGUCACCGUUUCUGCCAUGCUUGUGGGUUCUUUUGUCACCGAGGAAAGCGUCAACAACACUCGCGCCAACCGUGCCAUCAGUCUGCUCGGAAUGGCCAUUAUCCUUUUCUGCUUUUGGCUCACCAGCAACAACCGACGCAAGGUCAACUGGCGCACUGUCAUUGGAGGCAUGCUUGCCCAGUACAUUAUCGGACUGUUCGUUCUUCGCACUGGCGCUGGUUACUCUAUUUUCCGUUUUAUCGCGGACCGCGCUGGUGAUUUGCUUGGAUUCGCCAAAGAUGGUGUCGCAUUCUUGACCGACCCCGCGACCGCUGCCAAGCCAUGGUUCUUCAUUGGUGUGAUUCCCGCCAUCAUCUUCUUCAUUUCUCUGGUCCAAGUCCUCUACUAUAUUGGAUUUCUACAGUGGUUCAUCAAGAAGUUUGCCACUUUUGUGUUCUGGGCCCUUGGUGUAUCCGGCGCCGAAGCAGUUGUCGCUGCUGCCACCCCGUUCAUUGGCCAGGGCGAGUCUGCUAUGCUGGUCCGGCCAUUCGUGCCGCACAUGACUAAUGCAGAGAUUCAUCAAAUUCUCACCUGUGGCUUUGCUACGAUUUCCGGCUCGGUUCUCGUUGGCUACAUUGGUCUUGGUCUGAACAAGGAAGCUCUGGUUUCCUCGUGCAUCAUGUCCAUCCCGGCUUCGCUCGCCAUUUCUAAGCUGCGCUACCCGGAGACGGAAGAAACUCUUACUGCCGGCCGCGUCGUGAUCCCUGACGAUGAUGAGCACAAGGCCGAAAACUUUUUGCAUGCCUUUGCUAACGGCGCCUGGCUCGGUAUCAAGAUCGGUGGAACCAUUGUUGCGUCGCUUCUCUGCAUCAUCGCUGUUGUUGGCCUCAUCAACGGUCUUCUUACCUGGUGGGGUCAUUACCUGAACAUCAACGACCCCAAGUUGACGCUCCAAACGAUUCUUGGCUACAUUCUUUUCCCUGUCGCCUUUUUGCUUGGUGUGCCCCAGAACAAGUACGAACUUCUCAGUGUUUCUCGUCUUAUCGCGGAGAAGAUCAUCACCAACGAGUACAAUGCCUUCAACGCUCUCGUCAACGAUGCGCAGUACGCUGCUCUUACCCCGCGCUCUCAACUGAUUGCAACGUAUGCCCUUUGCGGGUUCGGCAACAUUGGCUCGCUCGGUAUUCAGAUUGGUAUUCUGUCACAGCUGGCUCCUGCGCGCGCCGGCGACGUUUCGCGUCUUGCGUUUUCCGCCCUGGUUUCUGGUGUCUUUUCGACCCUUACUUCGGCGGCAGUUGCUGGGCUUGUCGUCACCAACCAAGCUACACUGGUCAGCGUCAAGCCGAGUUAA